AUGGAGAUUUCCAGCUCACCAUGGAAUGACGGUGGAUAUAGCCCUUACGAGAGGAACAGAGCUGCUGUAUCUCCAUUGUCACCACCUAUGGAUAAUGAUGAGCGAAUAGAAAGCCCCCAGUCGUUGGGUGAUCAUUGUUUUAAGCCUCUACCAUAUCUUACCAACUAUCUUUCUAUGUUUGCGCUUUUCAGUAACGAAAUAUUUGGCGAUAAAGUGAACGUUAGCUCUCAGAAUGAAUAUUUGUUAAAGAAAUAUUAUUCUUUAAAGAAGCCAUUUGCUUUGCGUCACAGUGGUGGUACAUCAAAGAACUCGGAUAUGCCUUCACAGAGUAAUGAUAUUUGGCAGACCAAUUUUAUGGUUGAUAGGUUUUUGAAUCGUAGUGUGCGAUCGGUGAAUUACGCGAACUUUCAAAUAAUCUCUGAUAUGCAAAACAGAAGCAUUAGGGGAACAAGCAUCGGGGGAACUCCGGAGCACGGCAUCGAUACUUUCCAAACCGCCAGCUUGCCUUCUAUACCGUCUGCAGUACCAUAUUUUCAAUACUAUAGAAAGUUAUUGACGGUAAAUACUAAAGAAUGGGAUAUUUUGAAACUACAUAGUCUAUGGAUUCCAGACUUAAGAACGGAUUUUAAGGAUUUUGAACUAUGUCGUGAUAGAGACUCUUCAAGAUUGUAUGAUGACGAUUAUGAUGAAGACAAUGUUGUGAAAAAGGAUCUUUUUUUUGAAAAAAUUCCAGGCCAACAGAUUUUAGAUGGUGAAGGUUAUGUUCCCAAAGAAUAUGAAAUUUCGUCCGGUAGUUUGUCUAUUCCUUCUUUAUUUUCUGAAGAUAAGCUCCCAGCAUUAACCUACCAUUGUGCUGUCGAAUUGAAUAAAAACGUUUACAUAUUUGGAGGAUUAAUGCCAUGCUAUAGUUAUGAAGAGGAUGCACCACUUUUGAACGAUUUUUUUGUAGAUGGGAUAAAAAACUUACCUCCCCCACUAUUACCCCAAGUAAUCAACAAUCCGUCAAUGGUCAAUAAUCCUCAUCUUUAUGUGGCCGCUGUACCUUCAUGUCGUUUUAGCAAGCCCAAGAUGAGAGGUUAUAUACCGCCUCCGUUACUCUGUGUUCAAGGUUCCAAAUUAACAGAACGGCAUAUUUUCUUUUACGGUGGAUUUGAAAUCAGAACGGAAACCCGUGGUGAUGAAAAUGGGAAAUAUCAUCUAAAAAAAAGGUUAUAUGUGAACAAUACUGGCUAUAUUCUUGAUAUUAUAUCAUUAAAGUUUACCAAAAUAGAUGUUAUAGUACAGUCUUCUAAAUAUAAUGCAUAUCCGACUAUGUCAGCGCGAUUCGGUCAUUUGCAAAUCUCCAUUGAUAACCAGAAUAGAAGAAAUAGCGUUCAUUCCGUAAACACGAACGAGAGUCAUACAGCGGGAUCCGCUUCUAUGAAACGAGGGCCUAGUAUGUCUAAAGGGCGACUCGAAAAAUCAGCAGUGCUUUCAUCCUUAUCACAUAAUAGUAGCGCACCUUAUGGUGUACACACUAUCAUAAUAUUUGGUGGUUAUAGACAAACGGGCGAUGACCGCUACGAGGCGAUGAAUGAUUUAUGGAAGAUUGAAAUUCCUGUGAUGCGUCGGGGUAAAAAGGGUUAUUGUAAAUUUUCAGAGACGGCCAACGCAAUACUUUUGACACCAAGAGAGAAGGACAAGUUAGACUGGCCUGAAGAAAGAGCUUUUGCAGCUUUUUCUCUUCAUGGAACGUCGUUGAUGGAUAGGAGCGCACUAGAAACGAGUUUACUAAGCAAUUUAAAAAAAUACUUCAUUUUGAAACCGUCAUAUAUAUCAAAGGACCGUGUUAUUGAUCCUAAGCCAGUUUUCCCGAUGAUGGUACAUAGUACGCAUCAAGAUCUUUUCAAUGGCAGUUCUGCAACGGACGAACCUUCAAUUUCUGGUGUCCCCCCCAGUAGAUCGAGCGCGGACAGUACUAUUGGUCCCGAAAUGAACUACGAUUUUGAUAAUAUGACAAUGAAACCAGGGGUGAACUUGUCAUCUAUCCCCAUGAGUACAAUAGGAAGACAGAGAUUAAUACUAAGUCAAGAUAUGCCUAUACGUAAAAACAUUAUACUACAUGGAGGUUCCAACGGUCUCAAUGUCCUAGAUGAUAUGUGGCUGAUGGACCUGGAAUGUGAGACAUGGACACCUAUAGAGACUUUCACGAGAGCGGAACCAAGCAAAAGCGUCGAUGAAAAGUUAGAUACUGUCAACGUGGGACUCGUUGGUCAUGAAAUGGAAAGCAUUGGCCGAAUAUGUGUAUGUAUAGGUGGUAUGUUACAAGAGGAUGUGAACGCACUUUAUUCGGGGGAUAAUGAUGAGCCUUCAAAAAAUCAAAGUGUAAAAAAAUUACCGUUGGGUGGUCAUUUUCUAAAUACAAUUGACUUGAGUACGCAGUGUUGGGAAGACCACCAGAUUAUCUUAUCCAAGAAGGAAGAUAACGAAGAUGGGAGCGAUAAUGAAAAUGAGGACGUUAAUUCAAAUGUAGUGGUCGGUAUCGGCGGGACUUCUUUGCAGUGUGACAAGAGCAUUGUAAUGAUUGGCGGAUUAAUGUCGAGACGAACAAAUUUAAAAGAAAUAUAUUUGCACGGUACGAUCCUGAAAAGUAUUUUACCUAGUGUACAUCCAGGAAAUUGA